GCCAGGGUUGAAGGGCUGCCGCUUUGGAGAGGGAGAGUCGAUGCAGCGAGCGAGCGAGCGGAUCUUCAAGCCCAACUCCGAGGGAGGGCAUCAGCAAUCCCCAGUCACCUUCUUUCGGCUCUUCACUUCCGACGAUCUCCUCCCCGACUGUAUUUUGCAUCGUCAGUCAGUGUCUUUUUUCUGACAAGGAUGGUGCAUGUGGACGAGUGAGUGUGAGAUUCGUGAAGAAGGAUGCGGAAGUGCAGUGCUGAUAAAUUGGGGCGAGUGGAUGGAGUGGGAGGAAUUUGAGUCGAAGGUUUGCAGCUUGGGAAUUUGAUUUCGGAGCAGGGGACCUACUUGUUCCAUGAGACGGGCAUCGCGGGUGGUGUCGUCCAUAAUGGCUGCGACCAGGCGGUAUGGCGUGCCUGGCGCAAUAUGGGAGCUUUGUGCUCCCAAUCGCCGUAUCGCGAGAGCUGGGAAUCACUACUUUAUUUCCCUGGAGAGAAGGGUGCUCUGGAAUAUCGACCUGCAGGGUUUAAGUUCUUCCAGGCAGUUCGGGGGUGUAUCCACGCCAGUGGACAGAAAUCCCGGCUGGGGCAUCGGCAGUGGAGAGUUGAAGGAAAAGAGAGCUAGAGGUGUAGUAGCUGCUGCGAGAGAAGAUGUGAAGAAGUCUGUGGUGGUGGUGGAAUCACCCAGCAAAGCUAAAACGAUCACUAAAUACCUUGGCCCUAGGUAUGCUGUAUUGCCCAGCUAUGGUCAUGUGCGGGAUCUUGCUGCUCGAGCAGGGUCAGUGCGGCCAGAUGAUGACUUCAACAUGCUAUGGGAGAUCCCUACCACUGCGCGUCCUCACAUCAAUUCCAUCAAAUCUGCUUUGAAAGGAGCACAGGUGUUGGUUCUGGCAUCUGAUCCGGACAGGGAAGGCGAGGCGAUUGCUUGGCAUGUGCUGGAAAUGUUGAAGAUGGAGGGAGCGUUGAAGAGAGGAAUAGAAGUGAAACGGGUGGUAUUUCAUGAGAUCACAAAGUCAGCAGUGACAAGGGCCAUGGAGUCUCCCAGAGACGUGAGCGAAACAUUGGUUAAUGCAUACCUUGCGCGUCGGGCAUUGGACUAUCUGAUCGGCUUCAAUCUGUCCCCUGUUCUCUGGCGCAAGCUGCCGGGCAGCAAGUCUGCCGGACGUGUGCAAUCGGCUGCUCUCCGUAUAAUCUGUGACAGAGAGCAGGAGAUCGAUGCAUUCCAGUCCAGAGAAUACUGGACUGUAGAAGCUCAAUUGAGCAAAGAUGGAGCUCGAAGUACAAUGUCUGCUCGCUUGACUCAUUUAAAUGGAGAGAAACUUGACCAAUUUUCUCUCAAUAAUGAGUUGGAUGCUAGUUCUGCUUACAAAAAGGUUUCAGAAACCAAGCUACGUGUUGGAAGUGUGAAAAAGAGACUUGUUCGUCGCAACCCUGUAGCCCCUUACAUUACCUCCACAUUACAACAAGAUGCUUCUGCUAAGCUGGGUUUUGGGCCAACUCGCACUAUGUCUAUAGCUCAACAGUUAUACGAAGGUGUGAAACUCAACAAUGAUGAGCAAACAGGACUCAUUACGUACAUGCGUACCGAUGGUGUUCAGAUAUCACCAGAUGCAUUGGAGAGCAUAAGGUCACUGAUUGGCACCAGGUAUGGAGAAGAUUACGUUCCCGCCGAAAAACGAGUGUUCGUAUCUAAAGUGAAGAACGCACAAGAAGCUCAUGAGGCUAUUCGACCAACUGAUAUCUUUCGCCUGCCGUCAUCUGUAGCCAAUGUCUUGGAGGAGGAUGCUUUGCAACUUUAUUCCCUCAUAUGGGCUCGCACUGUGGCGUGCCAGCUCGAGCCUUCUGUAUCCCGCCAGGUCUCUGUUGAUGUAGUGGAUGAUCAUCAGAAUAUGCAGCUACGUGCUAGUAGCUCCUCAAUUUCAUUUCCUGGAUUUCUUGUUGUUUACAAGGACGUGGAAGCACUUGGAAAAUUUACAGAGAAAUUUCAAGAUGAUGACACCAGUGGACCUAUCUCAGAUUUGGAUCAACUUGAGGCAGGGAAUUCGUUAAUGCUUUCCGAAGUUCGACCAACUCAACACUUCACAGAGCCGCCACCUCGGUUCUCAGAAGGAACCUUAGUGAAGCGUUUGGAAGAGCUUGGCAUUGGUCGUCCAUCAACAUAUGCUCCUACACUACGAACUUUACAGCUGAGGAACUAUGUGGGAAUAGAUAAACGUCGGAUGUUUCCUGAGACACGGGGGCGCAUGGUCUCUGCAUUCCUAAUGCAUUAUUUUCCAGAGUUCUCGGACUUAGCUUUCACUGCCAACAUGGAGAGCCAGCUCGAUGACGUAUCAGCAGGAAAUGCACUUUGGAAGGAUUUGUUGCGUGAAUUCUGGCCUGGAUUUCAUGGAAACGUUCUGGAUGCUAUGAAAGUUCCUGUUGAGAAGGUAGUGGAGAUGCUUGAAGAGGUGCUUGCCAAACAGUUCUUUCCAUCAACAGGUCCAGGAGCUGGGGACAGGAUCUGCCCAAGCUGCAAGGAAGGAAAGGUUUCUGUAAAGCUGAGUCGAUUUGGAGCCGGUUAUUUUUUUGGAUGCUCUCGUUAUCCUGAUUGCCUCUUCAAAGCUAGCAUGAUAUCUGGCGAGGAAGAAGAGUCUAGUAAUGACGAAGAUUCCGACGCACCAGUUGCUCAGUGGUCUAACAUAGCACGUCCUGCCAAGGUCCUUGGUGUGGAUCCAGCUACUCAAUUGCAGGUGUUGAUGAGGGUGGGGCCGUAUGGAGCAUAUGUGCAACUUGGAGAAGCUUCUAAAAAGCAGAAACCUCGUCGAACGACAUUACCUAAGGGUGUCAAAUCAGAGGAAGUGACUUUACAGAAAGCAUUGGAGUUACUGAGCUAUCCCCGUGAGUUGGGGAAACAUCCUGCGGAAGGGACGCCGAUUAUUGUCAGCAUUGGAAAGUUUGGUUUCUUUUUGCGGCAUCGCGCAAUUAUUGCAUCUGUUCCACUAGGCGUUAGUAUGGAGGAUUUGUCUAUAGACAAGGCCGUCGAAAUAUUGAAAGGAAAGCAUGUAUCAAGACGAGGACGGCGACCCCGAAAGGUUGUAGCCAAAGAGACCGAUUCGGAGUCGACCAAUUCUUCAGAGAGUUCUCCACAUGACGGUGAUUUGUCGCCGCAACACAAUGGCCUAGUAUAUCAGGAGGAGCAGAAUACACAGGUGUCACAAGAGAAACAGAAGAGAAAGUAUGUAAGGAAGUCAUCUCAAGAUUCAAGUAGGGAAAGACUCUCACAGAACGGGGUUCUAUCAAAUGGUUCCGACCCUGUCGUCAAGAAAAGAGGAAAGGGUAGACCACGGAAGAAUGUUGCGGCAUCCGAGCUCAUUCUCGCCCAAGGCGAGUAAAUGAUCUAGUCUCUUUGGAUCAGAAGUAGCUUUCGGACUCUGCUGGAUCAUUUUGUAUUGAUCAAGAAUUGGGUCGCGCCAGUUGUCGACAAGAACCUUCUCACGGCCCUGCAUAUCAUAUUAACGUGGAAAAAGUUUGAGAGGUGCCAAAGAAGAUGAGCUGACGCCUGGAAAUGAUGUACUUACCUUUAGUUGCUAAAGCCUGGAGCGGGCAAUCACGGUUUAAAUGUUAGUAUUACAUCUUUACCAAGCAGAUGGUAAUGAAAGGUAUUUCACUAAUGGAGGGUCCUUGUUUAAGAUGCGUGAUACAUUUUUUUCGAGAAAUCGAUCUGGUGUUGAAUGCUCAAGGUGUUGAAGUGGUUAGGAAUUCCAGAAAACGGUCUGGUAGAGCGAAGACGAGUGGCGAAGUAGUUGGGCUUAGCGCAGGCAAGUUCACGUUGGAUCAUGUCCUUGCAUCUGUACACUAAGUCAAACUAAUGCAGAGUAUUUUUGCAGAAUCUUGUACGUACUCUCUUGUAGAUUGUGUGUUGUGGACAUGACAAUGCUUGUGCAACAAGCUGGGUACUGCCUUCAGGGUGUUUAGGUCAACAAUUGUUUCUGCAGAUAGAAGUGUUCAACGGACUUGGGUAAUUUUUAUGUUCACAAUGAUCUUAAAUUACCAAGUUGAA